GUUUUAGAUUACGAUUGUUUUGAAAAUCUACAUUGUUAUGAUCUAUUUAUAUGAUAAAGCCACUCAAAAUUUAUUGUUUUUCAUUGGGCAUAUUUUUUUACUCCAUGUAAAAUGAACAAAUUGGUUUUUUCUCAAUUAAGGUCCCAAUUAGUCUUCCAAAGUAUUGGUUGUCGCAAGUUAAAUUUUUUAGACAACUUAAGGAAGUAUAGUAAAGUUAAUAAUCAAGCUGCAAAUGAUAAACUGGAACCCAAAAAAGGCAAUAAGCCUGUUUAUAUCACUUUGAUAGGAACUGAUGGAAUUCCCAACACAAGUGUUUUGGAAUCUGCUAUAAAAUUGUCCAAAAGGAGGAAUUUAAAAUUAGUUAAAGUUAGUGAUUAUGAUUCUAUUAGGCAGAGCCCGGUGUAUAAACUACUCAGUGGUGCAGAAGUGUUAAAGGAAGACUUAGAUGGUAGGAAAAACAAAAAAAAAACUGGCACUGGCUUUAAGAGUGAAAAGAUUUUAUCUAUUGCUGAUAAUAUUAGUUUACAUGAUUUAGAUUCAAAGUGUAAAAACAUUUUAAAAUGGAUUGAAAAAAACCAUGAAGUGAGAAUAACUAUUUCUUGUUCUUCAUCUAAGAAUAAUGGGGAAGCUGUAUUUAAAGAAAUUGAAGAACGGAUUAAACAGCAUGGUAGAAUUUUGCAGAAAAGGGAAUCUGGGAAUGAUAUAAAAUUCCAUGUAAUACCACCGAAAUGUACAAAGACUAGUGUUAAUGAGACGACUAACAAAUAGGAAUUGUGGUGAAUCAUGUGCUCAUCAAAAUAUUGUUGUAUUUUUAAAUAAAUUAAGAUAUUAUUUUUGUAUAUAUUUGAGAUGUUUCUCUAAGGUCAUUUUCAAUCCAAAGAAAUGACUUUCAUUUUCCCCUCAAGUGCC